GGCUCCUUGCUCCGGAAGCGGAAGUGAGUUUUCCUGCCUCUCGGAGUGUCUCCGUGUUCGCGCGGGUGGUCGCUGGUGAUUGCGCUCCUUCUGCUCUCUUUCCUUAGCUGCCGCAGGUGUUUCCCCGCCCCCUCAGGGGGGGCUUGGAGAGCCGCAGUCGCGCGGCCCAGGAUGAGCACCAUGUUCGCGGACACCCUCCUCAUCGUUUUCAUCUCCGUGUGCACGGCGCUGCUGGCCGAGGGUAUAACUUGGGUACUGGUUUACAGGACGGACAAGUAUAAGAGAUUAAAAGCUGAAGUGGAAAAACAGAGCAAAAAAUUGGAAAAGAAGAAGGAAACAAUAACAGAAUCAGCUGGUCGUCAGCAAAAGAAGAAAAUAGAGAGGCAGGAGGAGAAGCUGAAGAAUAACAAUAGGGAUCUGUCAAUGGUUCGAAUGAAAUCAAUGUUUGCAAUUGGCUUUUGUUUUACUGCCCUGAUGGGAAUGUUCAACUCUAUAUUUGAUGGCAGGGUGGUGGCAAAGCUUCCCUUCACUCCUCUUUCCUACAUCCAAGGACUAUCUCAUCGAAAUCUGUUGGGGGAAGAUUAUACAGACUGUUCCUUCAUCUUCCUCUAUAUCCUCUGUACCAUGUCUAUUAGACAGAACAUUCAGAAGAUGCUUGGACUUGCUCCUUCUCGGGCUGCCACCAAACAAGCUGGGGGAUUUCUGGGUCCCCCAAAUCCAGCUGGAAAAUUCUCCUGAGACCAAACCCAAAGGCCUUUUCAUUCCUUUCCUCCUUACUCAGACACUCAAACCAAACUGCUCCUAUUUCAUUUUGAGCAGCAGACACUGUUAGCAGCAAGGGCCAUUUCCCAGCUUUCUGAGCUUGUCUCAGGCCUCUGAACAUGAUUGGAAUGAGGACAACAUUCAACAGACAAGAUUAAUGAUUGUAUUUGUCUGUCAGAGUUGAAAAAAUUUAAAUAAUAUGUGUUGGUUAGAUAAGUUUAAGUGGUAUUUGUGUGGUUGAGAAACAAGGACUUUUCCCUGUUAUGCUUGUCAUAUUCUAAGAAUAUUUUUGGUGUGACUCAGCUCAUAGUUCUGAUAGGUGUUAUCUGCCAUGGAAAAGGGCUAGUAAUGAAGUCAUGGUGGGGGGUGGGGGUGAAUUAAACUUAGAGCUAAGCACCCUCAAAGAGAGAAUUUGGUUUAUGAAAAAAUUUUUUUUUUUCCACAGCUAAAAUGUUAGGGGAUUACUGACCUGAAGGAGACCUACUUUGUGCCACUUCAUGCAUAAGAUAGUCUUAUAAUAAUAAAUACACCUCGUUUUGGCAUGUUUAUGAAUGUAUGUUAUUUUUAAUAAUGAAAGCUUAUACUCCUUGUGGUAGGAAUCUUGGUGUGAAAGGAAUAAAACAAAUUGACUGGUUUUGUCCAGCCUUCAUUGCCCACCCCCUCCAUGUGAAUAGGAAACAGCAAGCACAGCAUGGAAGUUCAUGAGUAUGAGCAGGAGGUCAGAUAGUUUGUAUCUCAGAAGGCUUAGUAUUUUCCUUCAAGCCUAAUUACAAAUUGCUGGAUUUUCAUGAAGAAGAUCUUGGACUUCCCCAUUUGGGAGAACUAUAUGUAACUUCUCAUUUAAGGGGGGGAAGGGGUCACUAACUCAGACACAAUCCCCUCUUUUUUCUUUUGAUUCUUGCAAUUGUAUAUCAGAGUUUCUACUUUGCUCUGGUAUUUUUCCUUAGGAAAGUUCCCCUUUGGAAGUCCCCUUUUUGUUCCUGAAGCUAGAGUCAUUGUUCGCUCUUAGGGGCAGGUUGCUUGACUUGCAGUAUAACUCUCUUGAUGUGUAAAUGGUGGUACUGUUUGGAUCAAUCAUUACAAUGAUUAAUGUAUGUAUUUACUGUCCACCACUUCAGCCUUGCAUUUACUCUACAUACAUAGAACCACAUGCCAAUGGAAUUUCCUGCCAAUUGUAUUUGUAUUGUAAUUCUUAAGGAAGUUAUGUCUGGUUUUAAAGUACUAGAGAUUAGGAUAUAUAAGGUUAGAGAUUAGGACAUUUUAAAUCUCAGGAAAAAAAUAUCUUUAUCAAUGUCACAAAAUGCAACUUACUGAAAAUAAAGAAUGAAGUGUCAGUUUCUGAUUGCAAUUAUUCUAGGACUUAUACACCUUGCAAGGAGACAAAGCCAGCCAGAAUGUUUUGUGGAAAAGUAGAAUGCUGUCUCAUGUUAAAGUAGCAAAAAUAGGGCAGAUUAGAAGAGUUAAGUUUAAGAAUUUGAACUGGUAACUCCAUCAGUAUUAGAAGACAUAGCAGUAGGAACAUGAACAGAUUAUCUGGGUUCUAAGUGUGUGACCCUGUGUAAUGGUCACUUUUCUGAAGGAAGAGCUGAGAAAUGCCAGGCUUGUUUCUCUAUUGCCAUAGACAUCUUCUCAUGAACUAUUAGGUGGUUCCUACAUUGAUGCCACAUAUAGACCCUUCUGGUACUGUUUAGCUGGUUAUAUAUCAUGCAAAAUUAUUUGUGAUAGGAAUGUCAAGGUACCUCAGUGGAUAGAAAGCCAGAUCAGGAGAUGGGAGGUCCUGGGUCCAAAUAUGGCCUCAGAUACUUCUUAGCUGUGUGAUCCUGGGCAGGUCACUUAAACCCCAUUGCCUAGCCCUUGUCGCUCUUCUGCCUUGGAACCAAUAUAUAGUAUAAAUUCUAAGAAGGUAUGGGAUUAAAAAAAAAACCUGUUUGUGAUUAGCAUUUUAAGUGAUCUAUUUGUCAAAUUGCAUGUACUGAGAAGCCCUGUAAUCUUUGUUAUUAAAUAGCAUAGUUAUAAUUGAAUUUGCCUUUUUUUGCUACUUUCCAAUUUUGUUAAUAGUAUAUACAAGUAAGGAAGAGUUCUUUCAUUCUUAGUAAAGAUAAAGCUGUAUUUAGUCUUUUAAGAAAACUCAAUUGUCACAGUACAUUUUUAUUCUCUAAAUUCAGUAUUUGUAUUUUUAUUUGUCUUGUUUUAUGUGUCCGUUUUCUUGUCCUUUAGUAGACACCUUAUCUAUGUUUUAAAGAAACCAAACAUAAAAACACUCUUGCUGUCUUA